UAGCGCAGACUGGCGGCGUUUGCCCGACCCCAACAUGGCGCCCAUCUCCAAACCACUUCCCCUUUCAUCUCCGUUAAGGGCUAGGCUACAUCUUCCUAGACCUCACUUCCGCUUGUGCAGCAGCCAUUUUGUCUUUCCGUUGAGCUCGCUGCCCGAGCUUCUUCCUCCCACCCGUCGCCACGGACCGCGAAACUCCAGUUCCACCCCCUGGGGCCCGACUCCUUUUGGACUCGACGGCUUAGGCUUUUCCUCUUUUUCUGCCCCCUUUUGCUGUGCAUGCGUCCCCCCCCUUUGCUAUUCCCAGCCUCCGUUUGCUUUUCCCAUUCCCACGGCCAGGUUCGUAUUUUUCUCCCCCCCCCUACACCUGUGACAGGACCGAGGCGCUUCCUCUGCCAGCCAGCCAGCCCACUUUUUUUUCUUCAUCCCCGAGGGCGCCUAAGUCCUCGCGCCCCCCACCCACCCGCGGAGCCCUCCUUCCUCGCCCCCCAUUUCCCUGAAACGGCUGGCCCACCCCGAACCCCCCUCCUCGGCUGACGGAGGGGGGGUUCCCUUGCCCUCUCCCUCGCCCGCUUGCUUCCAACCCCGCCAUGUCGAGCGAGGAGAGCUACUUGGCCAUCCUGCGCUACCUGACCAACGAGCGGGAGCCUUACGCGCCGGGCACCGAAGGCAACGCCAAGCGCAAGAUCCGCAAGGCCGCCGCCUGCUAUGUGGUCCGCGGCGGCACCCUCUACUACCAGCGUCGGCAGCGCGACCAGCAGCGCUUCGCCGAGCUCGAGGUGGUCCUGCAGGCCGAGCGGCGCGGCCGCCUCAUUCGGGCCGCCCACCUGGAGCCCGACGGCUCGCACCGGACCCGCCUGCAGACCUGGCAACGCCUUUCCAGGCGGUACUGGUGGCGAGGUAUUCUAAAGCAAGUGAAAGAUUACAUUAAAGAAUGUAGCAAAUGCCAGGAAAAAUUAGAUCGGUCCAGAUCUUUGUCGGAUCCAUCUGAAAUGCUGGAAGAACUAGGAUUAGAUGUGAUUUCUCAUGAAGAGAGUAAUGAAACAGAUGAUGAAAUAAGUAACUCAGCAUCAGUUACAGCAGCAUCACCAAAGCCUGUGAAAAAGAAGCCAAUAGCCAAACAUGAGCUUGUAUUUGUUGAUAGUAAAGGUCUUGUGAAACAAACCUCUCUGAAGCAUUGUCAGUCAGUGUUGAAUCAGCUAAAUCAGCAGCGUCUCUCCAAUCAGUUCUGUGAUGUUACCUUGCUUAUUGAAGGAGAAGUGUAUAAAGCACACAAAUCUAUUUUGGCUGCCAACAGUGAGUACUUCAGAGAACUCUUUAUUGAAAAAGGAGCUGUUUCCAGCCAUGAAGCUGUUGUGGAUCUUUCAGGAUUUCGCAAGGCCAGUUUCAUCCCUUUGCUGGAAUUUGCUUAUACUUCAGAAUUAACUUUUGAUUUCUGUAAUAUGGCAGCAGUAGCUGAGUUGGCCCAACAUCUUCUCAUGACAGAAGUCCUGGAAAUCUGUGAAAAUGUACACAAACAGAUGGAAGAUAAGCAAAUCACAGUGUACCAGAAAGGUGAUGUUCAAGUAGUAGAAGUAUCUCAAAAUCUCCUGGCACAGAAUGAAAGUGAAGCAAACCUCUUGGAAAGGGCUGAGCAGCCUUUACCGACAGAAGACACAGUAGCAACUGUGAAUGGAACGUGUUCAGGCACUGAGGUAGAAGAGAUUACUACCCCAGAAGUUACAUUGGAGGGUGCCUCAGAGGCUAUUGUGGACAAUCCUCCAGAGCCACCAAUUCAUCCUGCUGAUGCAGAAACAAAUGAUGAUGGAACAACUGACAAUGAAGAAAAAGCCCAAGUUAUGGAAUGUGCCACUGAACAAACUGUAUCUGCAGUACCGAGUGAUCCUCCAGUUGCAGAGCAAGUUGUUAUCAGCACAGUACCAGAAUGUAAUACUGAUCAGAAUGUAGACAGUGAACAAAUUAUGAGCAGUGAAGCAAAUGCAGAUGUUACUACUGAAGAUUCUCAGGAAGGACUGAAACGAAAACGUGGCAGGCCAUGUAAGGUGCAGAGUAUUCCACAGCCACAGUUAGAGACCUCCGUUUCCAGUCAAGAUGACACUUACAAAAGCAAGCUACGCCAGCGUUCAGUUAGUGAGGGUGGCUAUAUCCGACUGCACAAGGGAAUCGAGAAAAAAUUACAGAAUAGAAAGCCAGCCCCUAAGUCAGCCAUCCAGCAGGUUGCUAUGAAACUAGUGCAAAGAGGAAAGAAGAUGAAGCAGCCCAAGAGGGAUACAACAGAACACAAUGAAACAGAAACCCAGCACAAAUGCAAUGAGUGUGGAAUGAUUUUUCAAAGACGUUAUGCUCUUAUAAUGCACACAUUGAAACAUGAAAGGACAAAAAAUUACAAGUGUCCGCUGUGCAAAAAAGAAUUUCAAUAUGGUGCCUCGUUACGAGCUCAUCUUGUCCGUCAUACCCGGAAAAAUGAAGUAACUGUUGCAACAGCUAGCAUAGAGGAAAGUGGUGCAGCUGUCAAAGGAAGGACUAAACGGGAGUUUAUUUGUGAUAUAUGUGGAAGAAGCUUACCAAAACUCUACUCACUCCGAAUUCAUAUGCUGAAACAUACAGGUGUAAAGCCUCAUGCAUGUAAGAUUUGUGGAAAGUCAUUUACUUACAAACAUGGUUUAAAGAUGCACCUUGCACUCCAUGAGGCACAGAAGCAGUUUAAAUGUGAAUUGUGUGAUAAGUCUUUUGUCACAAAAAGAAGCCUUCAGGAGCACGUAAGCAUUCACACAGGAGAAUCAAAAUACUUUUGCCCACAUUGUGGAAAGUCUUUCCAUAGAGCUUCAGGACUUAGUAAACACAUAAAGAAACACCAGCCAAAACCUGAAAUUCGUGGAUAUCAGUGCACCCAAUGUGAAAAAAGUUUCUAUGAGCCUCGGGAUCUGCGGCAACAUAUGAACAAGCAUCUUGGAGUGAAGCCAUUCCAAUGCCAAGUUUGUGGGAAGUGCUAUAGUUGGAAGAAGGAUUGGUAUUCUCAUGUGAAAUCUCAUUCUGUUACUGAUCCUUACAGGUGCAAUGUAUGUGGCAAAGAAUUCUAUGAGAAGGCUUUGUACAGAAGACAUGUUAAGAAGGCUACUCAUGGAAAGAAAGGGAGAGCAAAGCAGAAUUUGGAGCGUAUAUGUGAACACUGUGGAAGAAAAUUCACCCAGCUGCGAGAAUACAGAAGACACAUGAAUAAUCAUGAAGGAGUCAAGCCUUUUGAAUGUUUGACCUGUGGAGUGGCUUGGGCUGAUGCACGAUCUUUAAAGCGCCAUGUGAGAUCGCAUACUGGAGAGAGGCCUUACGUUUGUCCAGUAUGCAAUGAAGCAUACAUAGACGCUCGUACCUUGCGAAAGCAUAUGACCAAGUUCCACCGUGAUUAUGUACCCUGUAAAAUUAUGCUGGAAAAGGACACACUUCAGUUUCAUAAUCAAGGGACACAAGUUGAGCAUGCCAUCAGUAUUUUAACGUCUGAUGUACCAGAACAAGAAACAGAGGUUUGUAGUGAAGAGCUUGAGACAGUAGUAGUGGCUGAAGAAGCACUUGAUGCUGUUGCGGCUACUGAAGAGUGUACCACAGUUUCCACGCUUUCUGACCAAAGUAUCAUGCAGGUGGUCAAUUAUGUAUUAGCACAGCAAGGACAGAAAAUGACUGAGGUGACAGAAGCUAUUCAGACUGUAGAAGUAGAGGUGGAGCAUGUUUCUGAUCAGGAAUGAAUACAACAAUUUGUUAAUACAGAAGAUGAUGACCUGGCUAUGAAGUUGCAUGCCACUUUUCAGACUUUUCACUGUCUGACUGGACAUCUACAAUAAUACAGGAACUUCUGAACCCAGUUUUCAAUAUCUCAAAUGUAUUAUACUUCUUCUGUGAUUAAAACUGAAGAAAACAAGUUGUGGACUUUUCUUAAGACUACUGCAUCAGUUGUAAUCACUUAGUUUAAAAAUAAUUCUAAAAAUAAAGUCAUCUGUGUGAUAGUGGUAGGUAUGAAGUAGAACAUAUUUUUUUCUUCAUACUGCUUGUUUUUUAUAUACAGUUGUUAUGCACUAUAAGCUAGUUUGUGAUACCAAAGAGUUGUGUCAUUUAUUUUAAAAUUCUGUUAUACUUGCUGUUCAAUUUCAUACAUGAACAAGAAAGGUGAUCUAAGUAUGUACACUACAAACUUGCUACUGAUACAGAUGAAUACGGCAGUCUUGGAACAGCUCAUGGGAAUGACUGUACAAGAUGCCAAGACUGACUCUGGUGUGCUUAUUUGGUUAUAUCUCUGCAUAGCAUUUUUGGUCUGAACACAUAUAGUUACAGUACUAUAUUAUGAUCUAUUAAGCUUUCCACAUAAACAGCUGACAUAGACUCUACGUUGUAACCAAUUAUGAUCCUUUGGUAGCUCAAACUAAUAAAUUACAGCAUUUUAUAGGAAAGCUGAAUAGUUUCAAGGAGAUGUACAUUUUUGCACUAACUAUUCUAGCUUUUUUAUUUAAUAUAUCAUAAAAUGUAAUUCAUGAUAUCACAUCAUGAAAUAAGGACAUUUGUAAGCUUGAUGUAUAAAUUGGUGAAAUUAUGCUUCAUUUCAGGAAACUAACCAAGAAUGAAGUAGGGCAGAAAUGUUUUGUAUACCAUAAGUAAUUGCACUUAUAUUUUGACUCCCA